AUGCAAUUAUGAAAAAGGCAAGGCCUGUGAUGACUUCUUAUCUCCUCUGGGCAUCUUCUCCUUGUACCCUGAUGACCCUUUGAUUAAGGGAAGAAGAAAAUGACAGUAUAUGUGAAUAUGUACUCCACCUAUAAAAGUCCUGUCUCUUAGAAAAUAGGCUUUCCAAACAAGCAGACAUAUUUUUAUUUGAAAUUAUGUAAUCUUUGAAUCCUCCUGACACUUCUGUCUUGACCAGGUGACCCCACCACCCACCCACUCACAUACACCUGCCAUUUCAUGUCAUCACUUGGCUCCAUAUGUUUUCCUUAAGGAGUUUGCAUUACAAAUUCUUCCUCUUUUCGGAACUCAAAAUAUACCUUUAUAUAACUUUUUUUUCUAGUUUAAAACCAGUUAAGAAAAAAUAAAAUACUUGGGGAAAGUAAUUUACAAACUACAUCAGUGGUUAAAUGAUUGUUAUUUUUUUAUUCCUGGGGGAUGUCCUUUAAGUGAGGACAACUUGAAGACUGGGUGGUAUAUUACCUUCAUAAAUGAAGUGUUAUAGUAUAGCAUUCUAGGCUCCAUAAUUGUAUGUGGAGGUAUUAGUUAUGAAGACAAUUUUGAGGACCUCCCCCACCAAAUCACAUAAAGCAGAGGCCACCUUCACCACUCUCGUGGCAUUUCUAACCACUUUUAUGAUCAAGUCAUUGAAAAUCCCUAAGGACCAACAGUAUUUUUCUUUGCUAUUGCACUUGUCUUCAAAUAGUCAACAGGUAGAUAGGGAAGACAUUAUUAAAUAAAAAUCAAGCUGGACAUGGCAGUGCACACAUCUGAUCUCAGCAUUUGGCUGACAGAGGGAGGAGGACCAUCACAAGUUCAAGUUCAGCCCAGUCUACAUAGCACAUUCAGGCCAGCCAAGGCUACAUGGCAAUACCUAUCUCAAAACAAAUCCAAACUUGAUUAAGCCUCUACAAUUACUUAAUUUUAAACAUUUAAAUCUAAAACGUCAUAUAUUUUGUACAAAGCUUUUUGAUAGAACACUGCCAGGAGGUCAAGCAGGCCUGAAACGUCAUCUCUCAUCAGAUUCUGCUCUGAUACUUCGACCUCACACUGUGCUUCAAUGUAAGAGAACCUUAGAAUGUUUUUUAUGAUAACAAAAGCUUCUCAUCUUUGAAAAUAACAUUCCAAACAUGAGUCAUUAAAACAAUGAUUGUUUCUAAGGUUCUCAAAGUCCUAUUUUCCCAGAAUUCCUGGAAGGUUCACAGCUAUUCUACAGAAGAAUAGAAAUUGUGGUCUGAAGAAAGUAGACAGACUGGCUGUAGGCUGUACAGUGGAUUCCCAAGUGAAGAAAGGGGACCUGCUGUCCUGUGACUGAAGUGAGAGCUCUUCCCAUCACUUAGCUAUAGAAAAGCCUCCUGGUCAAGGCAGCCUCAUUGCCGGAGAGGACUGUCAGCUGCCUGCUCUGUCUAGUCACCAUCACAUGCCUUCCCACUGGAGCUGACCACAGACCAGCAUCUCCACAGCAUGAAUAAUUAGGUAGGCAUAAUGGAAGGCACUCACUGCACCCUCCAGUUGCAUAGCCCCAUCACUGAACUCUGCUAUAUCAGCUUCUAUCUUCCAAAGGGGGAAGUCAGAGGAUUUUCAUACAAGGGCACUGUAACUCUAGACAGAUCCAAUAACGCUUUUCAUAACUGCUACCAAGUCAGGGAGGGGCCAGACAUCACCGGCCUCAGCCAGCAGCCAAACGAACAUCCCGGCGACAUAUUUUUCAAACAGACUCCCACAAAAGACAUUCUGACAGAGCUAUACAAGCUCACAGCUGAGAGGGAGAAGCUGCUGGACAGUCUGCUGAGGUCAGACCACAUCCUGGGAAUUUCAGUGGGGAACCAGGAAGGGAGGUUGCAGGAGCUGUCAGUGAGCCGUGUGCCUGAGGAAGACUGCUUCCAGAGUGCUGGCAAUUGGAGCAGAGAGCUCGCUGUGAACUCGCUCAUUAGGGGGAGCACCCAGGGGAGCACAAAGCCCCGGAGGUCUGGCAGGAGGAGAGAGAGCCCUGAGGAGCUCCGGCUGAAGAGAACCAGGAGGAAAGGGCGUGGCCGCCAGGAAUCAGCUCUUCAGAUGGGGAAGGACCAGGUCUGUUCCAGUAGCUCCCUUCCUCCUUCCCGGGUUAGGCCUAAUCUUCAGCUCCUAGAAGAAAGAGGAAACUUAGUUCCCCAGGGAACACUUACCUCUUCCCCACGGAGGAGAGAGAGCUGCCCUGCCAACAUCCUCAGGACACCAGAUGCAGACCUGGGCUUCCGGAGCUCUGGGAGGACCUCAGAGGACACUGAUCUUGAAGGACCUCUGUCUCCAGACAGCAGCCCCACCGAGGUAGGAGAUGCUGGCAUAGGAAGGCAGCUCAAGAGUUCUCAGGAGCAGGAACCUCCAAGUUUGUCCGAAAGUCCUGAGAAACAUCCAGGGGCAGAGAGGGGCGGGACUCGGAAGUCAAAGUCACUGGAAAGGACUUGCAGGAAGAAACCUGUUUCCACAGUGGUGGCCAAGGUCCAGGAGCUUUCUGCUCAAGUUCAAAGGGUAGUUAGGGCUCAUCCCGAUGGUGAGGAAAGGGUUGCCUUUUGCUCAGAGACCCAUACUGAGUUCAUCCCAAGAGCUGACUUCCUCGUCCUCUCAGGAGCUAAAGAUGAGACUCAAAGUUCCAGGAGCCUGGGGGAGGAGCAGCAAGGGGUCAAGUCAUUGCAACCCUCAGCCACAGAACGAGCCUCCAUUCCCAGUGAACCAGCCAGCACCGAGGGGGCUGUGAACAAGGUUCUCCGGAAGGUGAUAGAGAGUGAGAAGUUAGAUGAAGCCACUGAGGGGAAAAGACUAGGCUUCUCCCUCAAUGCAAGGGCCACCCACACUCUCCCAGAAACUAGAAGCCAAAGGAAGGCUGGGCUACCCAAGAGUGGCCAUAAAUUCUUGCUUCUGGAUCUGCCCCACACUGUAGGUCCUGACUCCCCACAACCUAAAUGUGAUGAGAGGAAGCCAGCCCCCCAAACACCAACAGCUCGCGGCAUGGUAUUUAAUAAUUCAUCGCCUCAGUCCAGCGCACACAAACGUCUGUCACCUGUUCCCUCGCCUCUGUCUCCAAGGUGCCCCAGCCCUCAGCAACACCACAGGAUCCUCCUGCUCCCUCCACUGCCUAGUGAAGGGGAAGCUGCUUUUAAUGAGUGCCCUGGUAGGAAGAACGGUGUCUCCUCCGGGUUCCCCUCCGCUGUCACCUUGGAGCCAUCAUCUUCUACAAAGGUCACGGAGACCAAAGGAGGCAGCCCGACUUCCCUCAGAGCAAGCCAAACUUGGCUGGUAUCUGAGGAACCUUCAGAAAAAAGCUUGAGGCCAGAGAAGAUCACAGCUCCAUCCCAGCACCAGCCACCACCAGGUGUCACCUCUGAAGGCUUUCCCUGUGACAGCAUCAAUGAGCAGACAGCUAAAGACCUUCCCAAUAAGGAUGGAGGUGCUUGGGUCCUGGGUUACAGAGCUGGACCACCCUGUCCAUUUCUGCUCCAUGAAGAAAGAGAAAAGUCAAGCAGAAGCGAAUUGUACUUGGAUCUCAAUCCGGACCAGAGCCCCACAGAGCAGGAUGACAGGACUCCUGGCAGACUCCAAGCUGUCUGGCCACCCCCAAAGACAAAAGACACAGAAGAAAAAGUGGGACUGAAGUACACUGAAGCAGAAUACCAGGCUGCUAUCUUACAUCUGAAGAGGGAGCACAAAGAAGAAAUCGAAAACCUGCAGGCUCAAUUUGAACUUAAGACAUUUCACAUCCGGGGUGAGCAUGCAUUAAUAACAGCAAGACUUGAAGAAACUAUUGAAAAUCUCAAGCAACAGUUAGACCACCGCUGGGGAGGAGGAUGUGAAGAGAUGAGAGACGUAUGCAUCUCUACUGAUGACGACUGCCCCCCAAAGGCCUUCAGAAAUGUGUGCAUCCAGACAGACAGAGAGACGUUCCUCAAGCCCUGUGAAGGUGAAAGCAAGACAACCAGAAGCAACCAGAUAGUACCCAAGAAGUUGAAUAUCUCGUUAACCCAACUCUCUCCCACAAAAGACAGUAAAGACAUCCACGUACCACUUCAGACAGGGGAAGGCAUCUCAUCCAGUCAACAGAAGAUAUCACCUCCACCUCCCACACCUCCCCUUCCUCCCCCUCUCAUUCCUCCCCCUCCGCCUCUCCCCACUGGACUUGGACCUUUGCCACCAGCACCACCCAUAUCACCUGUGAGUGCUGGGCCACCACCACCACCUCCUCCACCUCCUCCACCACCUCCCCUGCCUCCAAGUGCUGGACCUCCCCCACCUCCUCCCCCACCACCACUUCCUAAUGUCCUGGCUCCUCCUAACAGCGGAGGGCUUCCUCCUCCUCCUCCUCCUCCUCCUCCUCCUCCUCCUCCUCCUCCCCCUCCCCCCCCAGGACUUGCACCUCCACCUCCUCCUGGACUAUCCUUUGGACUCAGCUCUUCUUCUAGUCAGUGUCCUCGUAAACCAGCCAUUGAACCCAGUUGUCCCAUGAAGCCUUUGUAUUGGACUAGAAUACAAAUAAGUGAUAAGAGCCAAGAUGCCACACCAACUUUAUGGGACUCCUUAGAAGAACCUCAUAUUAAGGACACCAGUGAAUUUGAAUAUUUAUUCUCCAAAGACACAACUCAACAGAAGAAAAAACCCCUGUCAGAGACCUACGAGAAGAAGAACAAAGUCAAAAAGAUCAUCAAGUUAUUGGACGGAAAACGAUCUCAAACUGUGGGAAUCUUGAUAUCUAGUUUACAUUUGGAAAUGAAGGAUAUCCAACAGGCCAUAUUUAACGUGGAUGACUCUGUGGUUGACCUGGAGACCCUGGCAGCCUUAUAUGAAAAUCGAGCCCAAGAAGAUGAACUGACUAAAAUAAGAAAGUACUACGAGACAUCAAAAGAAGAAGACUUGAAGCUGCUGGACAAACCUGAACAAUUUCUGCAUGAGUUAGCCCAGAUUCCCAAUUUUGCUGAGCGUGCCCAAUGCAUAAUCUUCAGGGCUGUGUUUUCUGAGAGUGUUACUUCCCUACACAGAAAAGUAGAGAUUGUCACACGAGCCUCAAAGGGCUUGCUGCACAUGAAGAGUGUAAAGGACAUCUUAGCUCUCAUUCUGGCUUUUGGAAAUUAUAUGAACGGAGGAAAUAGGACUCGAGGGCAAGCAGAUGGAUAUGGUUUAGAAAUCCUACCCAAACUCAAAGACGUCAAAAGUCGGGACAAUGGGAUGAACCUGGUGGACUAUGUCGUCAAGUAUUAUCUGCGGUACUAUGAUCAGGAAGCUGGAACAGACAAGAGUGUUUUCCCACUACCUGAACCACAAGAUUUCUUUCUGGCCUCCCAAGUCAAGUUUGAAGACCUCAUAAAAGAUUUGAGAAAACUGAAGCGACAGCUAGAAGCAAGUGAGCAACAGAUGAAGUUGGUGUGCAAGGAGUCCCCAAAGGAGUAUCUGCAGCCUUUCAAGGACAAGUUGGAGGACUUCUUCCAGAAAGCCAAAAAAGAGCAUAAAAUGGAAGAAAUGCACUUGGAGAAUGCACAGAAAAGUUUUGAAACAACGGUGGGAUAUUUUGGAAUGAAGCCAAAGACUGGAGAGAAGGAGAUCACCCCAAGCUAUGUGUUUAUGGUGUGGUUUGAGUUCUGCAGCGACUUCAAGACCAUUUGGAAACGGGAGAGUAAGAACUUAUCUAAAGAGAGAUUAAAAAUGGCUCAGGCAUCUGUCAGCAAACUGACAUCAGAGAAGAAAGUGGAGACGAAGAAAAUUAAUCCCACUGCUAGUCUGAAAGAAAGACUGCGUCAGAAGGAAGCCAGUGUGGCCACCAGCUAACACGGAAACAGAAGGAAAUUCCAGGGCAAGAGGAGGCCACCCAGUGCUCCUUUAGACCCAAGUGCCAAGGGGGUUCCUGACAGAUCUGUUACAGAACAUCUGCUUUGCUUAUCUCCUUCUGAGGUCCUCUGUAGGAAGUACCUGUGCCUUCCUUGAGAAGUCCCUUGUUAAUCCACAGGAACAAUGCGAUGCUAUGUAUGGGAAUGUUACAGGAAUAUUUGAUAGUUGUUUCUUAUGGAAGUCCAAAGUCCAUCCUAUAAAAGAAUCAGAAGAUGUACCAAAAUGUUUCACAUUUUACUUUAUGCUGAAAUGCUAAGCUUUCCAAUGUAUAGCCAUCAUGGAAAAAGAGGUACAUCUUUUAUAGUGUUUGCCUUGAGAGAACUCAAGCCUUGUUCCUCACACACUAAUUUUUUUUAUUGGUCUUAAUCUUGAUCCGGUUGUACCAAGAUCCUAUGGAUGUUGAAACUUAUCAGAACAAAAUGUUGAAACUUAUCAGAAUUGGUUUUGAAGAGGUUUAACACUGUGUGUCUCCCAGACUAGGGAAAUGAUGUUUUAUGGUGACAAUGAUGAUAUAAUGAAAAGGAAAAAAAUAAAAUUUCACAUGGGUGGAGAGAGAGAAUGAUAACCAAAAACCUUAUUCUGGAGACUAAGUUGUGAUGCUGGGAGUGAACAUUAGACAUUGAGAGAGGACCACUCAGUUAACAUGGCUUCCUGACCAGUAAGUAAGAGAUUCUGUACCAACUUCUAAUAGAAACAGGGGGGCAGGGACAGACUUGGAUUGCAUGCUCCCUUGGACAAGGGACUGUGUGGCUUCAGAUCCAUUGUGGACAGUGAAUGAAUGUUGUAUAGACUUGCAGAUGAGGUCUACAUUGUAUUCCACCAUUCCCAGCAGUUUCCAGGAGAGCAAAUGUUACUGGCUACCUUUUAUCAUGGCUUUGACUCAUAAGCAUAUGAAGAAUGGUAGCCAGGGACCGUUUGCUGUCCUGAAACUUAUGAUCAGAGAAAAGUUCUUUACAGUGAAGUGAAAGCAAAGUGGUUGUGUUAGUAUUACCCUCUGAAUGGACUGUCAGGACAGGUUGUAUUUUCUAACUCUGGCCCUUAAAUCACGGAGAAAAGCCACCUGGGACCUUUUGCCUACAUUUUUCUCCCUAAGCCACCACUGUUUGAACUUCCCUGGUGAGAAAACAAGAAAAAGGACUGGGCAUGAACUGAGGAUUAUAUUGAAGACUGUGUUUUGACGCCUUGAUGUAAUGAAGGAAUGUGCUUCUUCUCUACUUGGUGGAGACAGUCUAGAGUUACUCAGAGUCUUGCAUCCCCUGCUGAUCUGGCUACCUCUGGCUGCCACAUGGGGCCUGCCUCUUGCCUCAGCAACUUUCUAGAACCUUUGAACUUGCCAGAUACCUUAAGUGUCUUCCUGGAAAUCUGCCUGCCAGUCAUCAGCCCCCGACUCAGGGACACUCCGAUACUAGAUGCAAGCUAAUGAAAGCAGAACCGUAGCCAGAUAAAGUGCAGACCUCGUGAAGCAAGGGUCGCUGGCAUCCGCUGAGUCACAGAUGCCAUUCCCAUGCCGGUGCUACUUGUCUUUCAGUGGCCCAAAGGAAGGAGCAUGGUCACUUGGUUUAUUUUAAUCAAAAUGAAAGGGUGAGAUAAAAUAGACAAUCAAAUAAGAAACUUAACAUGACUAGAAUGCCUUGGUGUCACUGUUCUUUACCUGUUGCUUUUUGUAUAUUGUUUCCUUUAUUUUCACUGUAACUAUGAAGAAGAGCAAAGAACUUAACCAACAAGGCAAAUUCCACUUGUAGACAUCCUGUUCUCCCUGGUGUCCUUGUUAGUAUUGAAGUGCAAAAGAAAAAUGCAAUUUUGUCUGUACCCCAGGAGUCAUCUCAGCAUUCUGUGAGGUCUACAUAAGCCUAGAGCCUUAUGGAUCCUGUGGAUGGGAUGAGUGGGAACAGGAAGUUUUCAGUGGGGUUGAUGCCGCCUCAGGUCUCUAAGUAAGAUGUUCAUGAGUCAUCACAGGUGGCACUGUCUCUCUGUCCUUCAAGAACACAGCAGAUCUUACAGGCUGUUGAGAACUAAACCAUACUGUUGGGGGUUGAGGACAACUUUUUGUUUUCUAAUAUCCUAACUCUAUUUUGUAGUACAUAUCCCCCAUUUAAAAAGUCAAAGAUAAAACCAGUUGGGGUAAGGAUGAUGCAGAGAUGGCUCAGUAGUUGAGAGCACAUACUGUUCUUGUAGAUGGCCUGGGUUUAGAUUCCAUUGCCUUUGUUGGGUGACUCACAAUCACAAUAACUAUCUUGAGGAAUCUGACAUUCUCUUCUGUCCUCCAUGGACAGAAUACACACAGAGACAUACACAUACCCAUACAUAGACCUACAUAUAUGCGCAUAAUUAAAAUAUAAAAAUAAAUCUUAAAAAGCAAGUGGGGACAUGAUACAGCAAGAUAAGUGAAUAAAAAUAAAAAAGUAUACCUUUUCCCAGAUAUUUCAUUUUACAAAGUAGUUUAAAUUGUGUUAAAAAUCACUAGUGAGGAGUAUGUUUUUCCUUGAUUUUCAUUUUUGUUUUAUUUUACCUGCACUUAUCAAAGAAAAAUAAUACUAAAAGAUGAUAGGAAACAUAUGCUUCCAUAGAGUUAGUAAUCUACAAAUAAGUUUAAUUAUUGAACCACAAAAACAGGGGCAUACUAUGAAAUCCAAAGUUGUGGCAGUCCUAACUAAGCAUGUAUGAAAUUGAAUGGUUGUGAUGGCUGGUGGGAGGCAGCAAAAUUGCUAACCAUCUGCCUAAGGCUGCAGCUUAUGGUGGCUAUUUUUACUAUGGAUUUGAAAGAGUCUAGGAUUGCCUUGAGAAACCUAUUCUUGAAAAAGCUAUGUAGAGAAAGGCAUGGCAUUCUAGAGUGGGAUGUGUCUACGUCCUUCCUCUGAAUUCUCUUAAGGGGAAUUUAUAACUGAGUGGGAUGUCAGAAGACCACGAAUACUACAAUUCAUAGUUUAGCUAUUCCGGCUUGAAGGACCUGCAGCUAAGUAGAGUAACCUGGAUAAGGCAAUGAACUGUCACCCAUGUCAGCUGCUUCAUCUGCAUAAGGUAAUCUGCAACGCCGGUGGACCAAGUCUCUUUCCAAACUGAUAGGAUUGUAAAGAAAAAAAAAUACCUCUCACAAAAGGCAGAUAAUAUCAAAUAUUAUGAUUUGUCAUCCAGCUAUAGAAAGCUGCUUAGACCGAUCCAGAAUUGACUUAAAGAAAAGCACCCCCCAAAACUCAACUCAGUAGCUCUUCCCCUUUUAGACUUACACAAGCGUUCCUAAUGCUGGUGACAGUUGGAUCCGGGCACAGCCAGGCUCGGUUAUGCAGCUGUGUGUGACCAAGAGGCACACUUUGUGUCAUUCCUGCUUCCCUGUCAGCUGUAGGAGCCCUCAUUAUGAAUCUCACCAUUCUCCACUCCCCUCCACAAGGAUGGGCAAUCGACCAAACUGCUUCAAGAUAACACUUUGCAGGGAAAUGGGGGAUGUAAAAGAGUUUCAUCACAUUUCACACGAAGCCAGUUCAGUAGCCUUGUUUGUUCCAAUGCAAUGCCUUGUAUCACAUUUGGGGGAAUUUGAAUACUUAACAACUUACUUGGAUACAUGGGGACAUUAAAAUGGUGGCUCACUGACUGUGUCUCAUGAGCUCCAUAUACUACAUACCUCAUACUACAAACUCCAUCUGUCCUCAGAUAAUUUUCUGGUUUUUAGUCUCAUAUAUACAAGGAAUCCCCUGGAGGCUGAUCCAACUGCUUCCAUGGUUCCAUGGUAUUUUUCAUGGUUCCUAUGCAACAUGACAGCCCUGGGCUGUCAAAACACAAAUGAGUCAGUAGGCUCAGGCAGAAAUGAACAUCCCAAGGAUUUGACAGGGGAUAAGCAGGCUCUACCACAUUAGGGUUGUCACCUAGGCUGAGUGUUACCCUAGGAAUGUCUUGUGCUCUCCACCUCUGAUGCUGUAAAAAUAUCUUGGAGAGAAUGUUCAUCCCAUAAAUAGUGUGAGUUUCCAGUGAGUUAUACUUAUAUCAAGUAAGAAAUCCAGUGUAUAUCAGGAGCUCUUUGCCAAAGUCAUACCUGCUCCCCUCCACUGUUCUCUUCAAGGGUUUUCUUUAACUUCCAUCUUAUAAAAGCAAGGUAUUUUUAAUUGUUCACCUAAGUUGGCUUCCUAACUUCAUAUUUCUCAAACAAAAGCCCAGCCCUGUAGACCACUGAGCAUCCAGGAAGGUUACUUUGCUUCCUCAUAGCAUGGCUGAUAGAUGUUCAGAAAUGAACAAUUCUGGGAAUCCAUGGGAUGGAUUUUCAUUCUAGUCUAUAACUAUAAGGUGUGAAAGGGAGCAUCCAGCAUGCACAAAAUGUUCUGCUCUUCCACUGAAAGGCCAAAAAACAUUUAGAAUACUUAUACUGUAGGUAUGCUUUAUGAACUACAAAUAUCUUUUUUUCCUCUUUUUAAGAAGGAUAUACUUAUUUUUAUUUUACGUGUAUGAACAUUUGUCUACAUGUAUGUAUGUGUACCACCUGUGUGCCUGGUGCUUGAAGAAGCUGCAGAGGAGGCUGUGAGAUCCCCUGAAACUGGAGUUACAGAUAAUUGUGAGCCACUGUGUAGAGGCCAGAAACUGAAUCUGGAUCCUCUGCAAGAGCAGCAAGUGCUGUUAACCAUUUCUCCAGCCCCUUUUCCCUAUCAAUUCUCUCUAGGUAUAAGCUAAGUUUUUCAUAUCUGACCAUCAGUCUCGCUAGUGGUUCUGCACAGAGCUUGGAAGGCACUCACUGCUCUUGGAAACAAAUCUAUGAACAAAGAAGAAACUCUUGAGAUGAUCCUGUCUGCAGUGAUUUAAAUAGGAUUUGUGGGGUCCACCAAAGGAACAGGUUUCUUCUAAAAUCAUUAAUUUUAUAAUUCUACUGUUUUAUAACUUCCUGAGACAUAAAUACUAUGACCGUACUGUCCUACUGACUACUGAGUGUUUAAUUGGAGGAUAUGUGAUUUAAGGAAAAAGGAUUUCCCUUUGAGAAAACUAUCUAAGAUCCUCUCUGAAAGGCAGAAAGUUUACAAAUUAGACACUGGAUAAUUUUUAAGAACCUUUAGUGGAAGCAUGUCAUCAAUUUAUCACAGUCUUUUCCCAUCUUUGAAUUAUAAUCCAGACAAGUGUGGGAAGCAGUCUCACUGGACUUUGAUUUAGGGAUCAUGUUUUUGCCUGGAAAAUAAGCAUUGGCCUGCAUGUCUAGAAACUCUCUGAAAUCAGUUAGCAUCCUAAUAGAAGUCAGAUGCUACAGAAAUGGAAGUCACUUUAACUCAUUUAUGGCUUGGCUUGGUUUGGUUUAAUUUUCUUAGCACCACCAGGGAUCAUGGAGGCUGCUUCCUAAGAGUCACAUGACCUUUGCAGUGUCUCCUUUUCACCUUCUGAGAUCUCAAGCAGCAUGGAUGACAGAGGAAAACCAGGAAACAGGAGAGAAGAACAACUGAGCAAAUCCAGUGCAGUAUUUUUGCACAGCCUUUGCCAUGAUAGUACCGGCGGCAGCUUUUUAAUAGAAAUUUGAGUCAUUUGUAUUAGACAAAUAGAAGUGUUCCAUGUUGUUAUAGCUCAAUGGCAGACUUUGUGCUGAAAAAGCAGGUACUCCAAUGAAACAGACCUGUGUUUAGCUGAGUAACUUCCACCUUCAGAUUCUUCUACGAGCAUGACUUGCCCAAGGACCUUUCUGUUUCCUCUAUGCCUGCUCACAAGCCAUAUCAGCAACUAGCAUCAUCUAGCUUUCCUCUAUCCCAUACUUCAUCUUUGGCCUCCACUUCCUUUACAUACCACAGCCCUUCUCUUCUGAAGGGAUCUUUGCAGCUUUCCCCUGGACCCAGCUACUCUCUACAUCUACAUCAUAGAUACUGAAUAUCCCUGAGCCCUCUCACACCCUGUGCUCCAGCAUUCAGUGUUUGGACAAGAGCACCACUGUCACCAAGGAGCCUGUGUGAGACACACUGCUGAGACUGCCUCUUGCUAAUGUCACCAUCACCUCAUCACUUAGGCAAAUAGGGGAAAAUCAUAAAAGAGGUGGAAAAUACAUUUCUUUUUUCAUUUUGUUCUACUUUAUUAAAAAGGUUGGGUGUUCUAGUUUUUGGUUUCUCGCAGAUUUCUUAAACUAUCUAAGUAGAGAACACUUUUGAUCCAUCACAGCAGAUCAUCAGCUAUUGCAAGGCUAAAUCUUGUACUCUCAGCUUCCUGCGCCGCUGGACAAAUUGACCUCUGUGCAAACAUUUUGUAUCAUAAGACUUCUUAUUGCCACUCCAUUCUUACUACUGCUCAUGACUCAAACAUCUACCACAAUCUGAAUUGAGAUGUUGACAUUUUGUGGUUAUGUUCGGAUUAACAGUAACUGUUAUGCUCUUAAAAGCACUCAUACAAAGUGUAAGCAUGUCCUGCAUAGUUGAUUAUUUUGCCAUGGUAAAAUCCAGCCUUUCUAUUCAAAUAUUAGGCUAAUCUGUAAGGUGUAACUUUAAGGAAUUUUAACCAAUAAAAUAAAGACAGCUUUAGAAAGGAGAAGGCACUUUAAAGACAUGAAACCUUAUAUUACAUGCUCUUGGAUGUUUUUAAGCAUAAUAAGCUAACUGGAUUUGGGUAUUUUUCCUUUAAGUUAAAAAUAAUAUGUAUUUCUAAUUGCAUAUUUAAUUUUGUCAACUAACACUGAGAAAUGUUCAUGAGUUGAAUCUGUAAAUGUAAUUUGCAACCAAAAGAAGUAUUUAUUUUUAAAAAGAAAAGGUGAGGUAACCGAUAUUGACUUGUACAUAAUGAAAAUAUGUGUGUAUAUAUAUUUUUUCCUUCUUGACACUACUUGAUCAUUAUAUCAAGUGUAUUUUUGUACAUAAUAUAUAUUGGUUAGAAAAAUUUAGAUUGUCUAUUGAAAGAAAUUCUAUCUCUGUGAUAGAUUAUAUUUAUCCUAAUCUAUUGAUAUUCUGUUGAUUUGUUUUAAGAGACAGAACACUAUUUUUUUGAAUUUCCAGAGAAUUGCAUUCACUGCACCACUUGUGAAUAUGUUAAGGGUAUUUUAAUAAAUCUUGGUUUCAUGUCCA